UAAAAAAAAGCUUUUUUUUAAAAAAUUUAAAUGAACCCACCAAGAUAUGAUGGAACUGUCCAUCCAGAUGAAUGGAUUAAACAAAUUAGAACAUUUUGUUAUUUUAAACAAAUUACAGAAGAACAAGAAAUAGUAAAAUUUUGUAAAUCAAUGAUACAUUCAACGAUUAAUAUUAAUAAUAAUAAUGGUAAUAAUGAUAAUAAUAAUAAUAAUAAUAAUAAUGAAAUAGAAGAAAUCAAUACAUUAGAUUCACUUUCAAAUGCUUUAAAAUCUCAUAUAACAUUUCAAAUACUUAAAGAUACAUGUAAAAGAAAAUUACAAGUAUUAAAAUUUGCACCAGAAAUUCAUGGAGGAGAUACAGCAAAAUUUAUUUCAUAUUUUAAUAUGAAAUGUUUUGAUGCUGAAAUAAAUGAUUUAGAAGAACAAAAGAAAUUAUUAUUUCAUAGUUUUUCUGAUGAUUUUUUUCGUAAAGAAUUUAAUAAACAAAUUCAUAACGUUAAUUCAAAAGAAGUUUUAUUUAAAUUAUUUAAUAAUAUAGUUAAUGAAUAUUCUAAGUUAAUUAAAUAUGGUAAUUUUGUAUCUUUAAAACAUAUUACUACUGGAAAAUAUUUGACUACUGAUGAUAAAAAAUAUCUUACUGGUUCAAGAGGUCAAAUUGUAUUUUCAACUGAUGCAUUACCUGAAGCUAAUGCUAUAUGGAAAAUUAAUUAUCCAUUUGGAAGUCAACCUAAAGCAAAUAAUGAAAUAGUAUCAUAUGGAGAUACGAUCAGUUUACAAAAUAAAUUAGGAAAGAUGUUAUGGGCGUAUCCAAAUUAUAAAUCUCCAACUUCUGGUCACGUUGAAGUUAGUUGUUAUUCAAUGAAUCAAUAUAAUAAUUGGAUGAUUGAACCAAAUAUUAGUAAUAUUAGUACAAAGAAAAAUAGUAAUGAAGAAAAAAGAUAUUUAAAAUCAGAAGAUAAAAUAGUUAUUGUAAAUGAAAGUAAAGAAAAAGUUAUGAUUUUACAUAGUCAUAAUAUUAAAUUUACUUUAGAUAAUUCAUUAUAUCAAGAAGUUUUUUGUCAUGAUAAUAGAAUUCAUUUAAAAGAUGAGUAUAAAACUGGAUAUUAA